CCGAGGGGAGGGAGGGAGGCGCCGUCUCGCCCGGCUGCUCCUCCGUCCGCCGGUUCCGCGGCGCUGCCCGGGCAGCAGAGCCGCCGCUGAAGCAAAUGGGGAGGCGGCGCUGAGCGGGCUGCGCUCCGCGGGAGUCGGCAGCCGGGGGCAGCGGCUCGGCGGGCGAGCAAUGCCCCUCACUCCUCUGCUUACGCUGCCCUUCCUCCUUCUCCUCCCGCUCCCGGCUCUGAAGCUUUUGUUUUCCCCGGCCACUGCGAUGGCAGGAAACUUCCCGGAGGGAUGGGCUCAGGCCGGGCUUGUGCUGCGCCGGGCUCCGCAGGGCUCCGGUCACAUCGUGAGAUUAUUUGGGAAGACAAUAAUUAGCUGAAUAAAACAGCACAAGAUGACUUAUGAUUCCUGCUCUUCAUGGGAGCCUGUCUGGAUUGUCCCUGCAGAAUGCUACAGCUUCCUUUCCUUCAUAGUGUUCUCAGCUUGUGGAAUCAUAAACAUCAGUGGAACUUUGGGUGGAAAUACUGACAUGAACUUAAGAACUUUGAUGCUUUCAAACGCUGAAUUUUGAUUGUUGAAUAACCAGUUCAAAACACUGCCUGAUCAAGAUGAAAUGCCUUGAAUACCUUUGGUUCUGCUUUCAUUUUUCCUGAAGCAAUGGUUUUCUCAGCAAUGUUGACGCUGGCCCACUCUGGGACCUCAAAUGCUACUUUCAUAGUUUAUGAAAAUGCCUAUACGAAUUUUACCACCCCCCAGUUCUUGCUUCAUAGUGGCACAACACAGCCGUUGAGAUACGGUUCAGGUGCUGUGCUCACCACUGAGAGAAGUACUUUCCUGGUAAACACCACAGCUAUCCUGCCAUCACAAGAAGUUUUCAGGAGCUUGAGUUUGCCACUCCAGAUCAUUCUUUCUGCUGCUAUGAUAUUCAUCCUCUUGGUUUCUUUCCUUGGGAACUUUGUUGUCUGCCUGAUGGUCUACCAGAAGGCAGCUAUGCGAUCUGCAAUUAAUAUCCUCUUAGCAAGCCUGGCUUUUGCAGACCUGCUGCUGGCAGUGCUGAACAUGCCAUUUGCUCUGAUAACAAUCAUUACCACACAUUGGAUUUUUGGGGAUAUAUUUUGCAGAGUUUCUGCCAUGUUCUUCUGGCUUUUUGUCAUAGAGGGGGUAGCCAUUCUUCUUAUUAUUAGUAUUGACCGAUUUCUUAUCAUAGUUCAGAGGCAAGAUAAACUGAACCCCUACCGUGCAAAGAUUCUUAUUGUGAUUUCCUGGGCAGCAUCCUUUGUUAUUGCUUUUCCGUUAUCAGUAGGGAAUCCUAACCUGCAGAUACCCUCGAGAGCACCUCAGUGUGUUUUUGGCUACUCUACAAGCCCAGGUUACCGAGCCUACGUGAUAAUUAUCUUGCUAAUUUCGUUUUUUAUUCCAUUCCUGAUAAUGCUGUAUUCUUUUAUGGGCAUACUCAACACCGUCCGCCACAACGCAGUUCGUAUCCAUAGCCACCCUGAUAGCAUAUGUCUCAGCCAGGCCAGCAAACUUGGUCUCAUGAGCUUACAGAGACCUUUUCAGAUGAAUAUUGAUAUGAGCUUUAAAACUCGUGCCUUCACAACCAUCUUGAUUUUGUUCCUUGUCUUCAUAGUCUGUUGGGCGCCAUUCACCACUUACAGCCUUAUUGCCACGUUCAACAGCCACUUCUACUACAAGCACAACUUUUUUGAGAUAAGCACUUGGCUCCUUUGGCUCUGCUACCUCAAGUCUGCACUGAACCCACUGAUUUACUACUGGAGGAUUAAGAAGUUUCACGAUGCAUGCUUAGACUUGAUGCCCAGAUUCUUUAAGUUCUUGCCACAGCUCCCUGGCCAUACGAGGCGGCGCAUCCGGCCCAGCGCCAUCUACGUGUGCGGGGAGCAUCGGUCGGUAGUUUGAACCUGCGGCUGCUUUGACAAUGAUUGUUGUUUGCUGGGGUCAUUUGUUUUUUAGGCUUUAGGUUGAAUUUUGUUUUGUUUCAUAUGGCUUUUUCAGUGUGGCCAUAUCUUAUAAAUUGAUUAAAUUUUCAGUACUCUGUGCAAUGUUGGGAAGAUGGAGGGAGGGAAUGUGAUUGGCUGUAGUUAGGUUUACUACCAGAAUACAGUGUAAACAGAAUAACAAAUGUUACCUCUAGGAUUCCAUGGAAAUCCGUUCCUUUAAUGAAAACUAUAUUUGGAACAUCUCGUCAGGUUUAUGCUUACUAGGCCUGCAAUUUUAUCUAAUUGUGGGGACUUUUUUUAUGCUGCUAAGAUACGGUGUAUUUUGUUGGUGUAAUUUUUUUUUUAAAAACUAUUGCUGCUGUCAAUAUAUUAGAGCCAAAAAGUCUCAUUAGAUUAUUUCUAUCUAAUUUAACGAUAUUUCAGAAGUUUCCAUGGUAACAUUAAAAACCUUUUUUUAAAAUAUUUCCAUUAAUACUUUUGUGCACUUUACAAAAUUUUCUGUAUAGUUUGUUCAUUUGAAUAUUUUGUUCUCUAUUGAAGGUGUAUUAUUAUUUGUCUUAUUAUCAUUUGUUAUAUUGGUGAAUUUCAAUGAAAGACCCGUGUGAGCUCUAGGAGGGUGAUUAUUGUCCAUAUAGCUACAUGUAAAGUCAUAGAUUUACUGAUUUUCUAACAAUUGAUCAAAAUUACCUGCUCUGUUAUCAGGAGAGUUAGAAGGAGAAAACAGAGAAAUGAAAGAGAGCCUGAAUCUCAGGUCAUGAUAUUUUCGUAGCUAACACAUGGUUUAGAAAAAGAGUGUUCAUGUUGAAAUUGUUACACCAAAAAGGGUGACUGUAGUUCUUACUUGAGGCUGUUACAAGUUAUCCAAACCUGAUGGCAUGCCUGAAAACCUAUCUGAAAUAGUGAUUUUUGGGCCUGCAGUUUAUACUGUGUUGGUGUAAUGUUGUUUCUGCUUGGAGCUCAUAUAAGGCUAGGUGUGCUCUCCCCUGCUGAAAUCAUGCUGUCAAGCAUUUGUUGGGAUAGGAUUAGAAAUUGUAGGGGAGGCCAGCACACAGAUAGCAAGUUAACCAUAGCAUAGAACAUAGUAAUUACAGGGAGAAAAAUAAUCCUGGGUUUGUUUUGCAAUUUUAAGUAUUGGAUCAAAAUCAUAAACAGUCACAGAACUCCCCUGCCAUCAGCAGAUACACCUUCUACCAGGCUACUCAGAGCCCCAUUCAACUUGGCCUUGAAACUCUUCCAGGGAUGGAAUAUCCACAGCUUCUUUGGGAAAACUGUUCCAGUGCUUCACCACCCUCACAUGGAAGAAUAUCUUCCUAUAUCUUUUAUAAAUCUACUUGCUUUCAGCCAUUACCCCUUAUAACAGUCAGCCAGCAGAGUUUGCUGAGGAUAUAAGUUAAAUUCCCCUUUUCCCUCUGAUAUUACUUCACAUUGAUUUUUCGUUACUUCUUUGUCUCUCUAGUGGCUGCUGCCUCAAGGGUUUACUUGCUGUUCUCAUCUAUUAGGCAUCAGCUUCCCUCCCUAAAAUGCCAAACUACCUUUCUGAUUAAUGUCAGGCUGUGUUGGUAUCCUCCUGGAAAGCAGAGAGACAAAGAUUUUCCUUGAUGAUAGCAAACUAAACUCAGACUCUUUUUUUUUUUUUUUUUUUUUUUUUUUGUCAAUCAGCUGAAUAAAUAUUUAUUGUGAAAUAGGUAGAAUUAAGACUUAGGUUUGGGCUUUACAGCCAUAUCCCCAGUUGCUCUGAGACUGGGAAGAAUGCCUGCAGAAUCAUCUUUUUGGAGCUGUGACUGAGAACAGAGGUAUUGAUGUACAACAAAAAACAGCCAGAGCUGGGGUUUAGGCUUUUCUUGCUUCCAUCUGUUUUUCAGUCCCCCAAAACAUGGGGACCUCUCUGUUGCUGUUGUACCAGAGGAGCAAAAAUAAUAGCAAUUUAUCUACUUCUAUGUAUCCACACAGUCCACAUGUGUAUGAAGGAAAUGCCUUGUCCUAUGUGGGUGUCCAGGGACUGCUGCUUCCUGAGGGCAACAAAAUGUUCACACCCCAGUUUUUUUUAAAGGUCUUCAGUGAAGAACUAAUUUAAGUUAGCUCUGUUCUUCUCAUUGACAGCUAUUGGUAAAACUGUUGUCAUUACUUAAAUUUUAUCCUUCUAAAAGGAAAGACUUUGAAUCCAGUAAUUUAA